GGGCAGUGUGGGCGCGAAAGCGGGAGCUCGUGGCUGGGACGGGGCAGCGGCGAUGGCGAUGGCGUUGUGUAACGGUGACUCUAAGGAGACUGCUGGAGGAGACAUCAAGGAUGCCAGACACCAAUAUGAAGGGGCCCUCGUGAUUCUUGAUGCAGGAGCACAGUAUGGAAAAGUGAUUGACCGGCGUGUUAGAGAACUUCUUGUACAGUCAGAAAUCCUGCCACUGGAGACACCUGCUUUUGCAAUCAAAGAGAAUGGUUUUCGUGCUAUUAUCAUAUCAGGGGGGCCAAGUUCUGUUUAUGCAGAAGAUGCUCCAUGGUUUGAUCCAGCAAUAUUUACAAUUGGCAAACCUGUUCUUGGAAUCUGCUACGGAAUGCAGAUGAUGAAUAAAGUUUUUGGAGGUACAGUGCACAGAAAGAAUGUGAGAGAGGAUGGCCUCUUUACAGUAAAUGUGGAUAAUAGCUGUUCACUGUUCAGAGGUCUACAGAAAGAUGAGGUUGUCCUGCUCACUCACGGUGAUAGUGUGGACAAGGUGGCAGAGGGAUUCAAAGUCGUUGCACAGUCUGGAAACAUUGCAGCAGCAAUAGCAAAUGAAUCCAAGAAACUCUACGGGGUUCAGUUCCACCCAGAAGUAGAUUUGACGGAGCAUGGCAAAGACAUUUUGAAGAAUUUCUUGUUUGAUAUAGCCGGUUGUAGCGGGACAUUCACAGUCCAGAGCAGAGAAGUAGAAUGUAUCAGAGAGAUACAAAAGAAAGUAGGACAUUCCAAAGUUUUGGUAUUACUGAGUGGUGGAGUAGAUUCUACAGUGUGCACAGCUUUGUUGAAUAAGGCUUUGAACCAAGAUCAAGUAAUAGCCGUUCACAUAGACAAUGGUUUCAUGCGGAAAAAAGAGAGUCAGACUGUUGAGGAAGCCUUGAAGAAACUUGGUAUUAAAGUUAAAGUGGUUAAUGCAGCACAUGCGUUUUACAAUGGUACAACAACUCUACCAAUUUCAGAAGAAGACAGAACCCCUAGAAAGAGAAUAAGUAAGACCCUAAAUAUGACGACAAACCCCGAAGAGAAAAGGAAAAUAAUAGGGGAUACGUUUGUGAAGAUUGCAAAUGAGGUCAUUGGGGAAAUGAAUUUAAAGCCUGAAGAAGUAUAUCUUGCUCAAGGUACUUUGAGGCCAGAUUUAAUUGAAAGUGCAUCAAGAGAGGCAAGUGGGAAAGCAGAUGUCAUCAAAACUCAUCAUAAUGAUACUGAACUGAUAAGAAAAUUGAGGGAAGAGGGUAAAGUGAUUGAGCCACUAAAAGACUUUCACAAGGAUGAAGUGAGGGCAUUAGGCAGAGAGCUGGGUCUUCCUGAAGAUAUUGUUUUGAGGCACCCAUUCCCAGGCCCUGGUCUUGCCAUUAGAAUAAUCUGUGCUGAUGAGCCUUACAUUUGCAAAGACUUUGCAGAAACCAACAAUAUUCUGAAAAUAGUAGCUGAUUUCUCGGCAAGUGUGAAAAAGCCACACACUUUACUGCAAAGGGUCAAGUCCUGUACAAGUGAUGAAGAACAGGAAAAAUUGAUGCAAAUUACAAGCCUGCAUUCACUCACUGCUUUUCUGAUGCCAAUUAAAACUGUUGGAGUACAGGGUGACUGUAGGUCGUAUAGUUAUGUUUGUGGCUUAACUAGUAAGGAUCCACCGCAUUGGGAUUCCCUCAUAUUCCUAGCCAGACUUAUUCCACGAAUGUGUCAUAAUAUUAACAGAGUUGUGUAUAUUUUUGGACCACAGAUCCGAGAACCCAUAACAGAUGUAACGCCAACUUUUCUAACAACAGGAGUGCUUAGCACACUCCGGCAGGCUGACUUUGAGGCACACAACAUCCUUAGAGAGUCUGGUUACUCUGGAAAAAUCAGUCAGAUGCCAGUUAUUUUAACACCAUUGCAUUUCGACCGUGACCCACUCCAGAAGCAGCCAUCUUGUCAGAGAUCUGUGGUCAUUCGAACCUUCAUUACAAGUGAUUUCAUGACAGGCAUCCCAGCAACUCCUGGCAAUCACAUUCCUGAAGAGGUUAUUUUAAAAAUGGUGAGAGAAAUCAAGAAGAUACCUGGAAUUUCCCGUGUUAUGUAUGACUUGACCUCAAAGCCACCUGGAACCACGGAAUGGGAGUGAAUAAAACAUAAUUUUUAUUUCUGUGAAAACAUUCCCAAUAUUAACAGUACAGUGGAAGUGUGACUGGAGCUGCUACUUUGCACCUUUUUUGUCAUCCCCCCCCCCCCCCCCCCCCGCCCCCCC